AUGGGCGGAGGAGGGCCCCCGUGGUGGCUGGCCACCACCGAGUGCUCGCCGCCGCCGUCGUCCGACUCCUUCACCGGCGGGCUCGCGUUCCUCCUCUCGCCGUGCCCGCAGCGCGCGCUCCUCGGCGUCAUCGACCUCAUCUUCCUCGCCGCCUCGCUUGUCCUCGCCCUCUGCCGCUGUGGCGCCAGCGGCGCGUCCCCUGAAAAGGAGCCGCUGGCUGCCGUCACCGACUCCCGCCGCGCCGUUCCUGGCCACCGGCCGCCAAGCCGCCGCGCUCGGUGCAUCCGGGGUCACCGCCGCGACGUCCGCCGUCCUACUCGCGCUCGCGAUCUUUCUCCUGCGGCCGUUGUCGAGUCCGCCUUCCUCGCCGUUCACUUCGCCGCACACGCCGCGGCCGCGUGGACCGUGAUCGCCUCAGCUGCGGCCGCCGCUCACCCUCCGCACCUCCGCGUGUUUUGGAUCGCCACGCUGUUCUCCGCCUCAGCGGCCGUCCGCUGCGCCGACGGCUCGCCGCUCCUCCCCGACGACGUCCUCGCCUUCGCCGGCCUGCUCCUCUCGCUCCCUCUCGCGUACAUCGCCAUCACCACCUGCACGGCGCGUGAUGAACAGGGCGAACAGGACCAGAACCCCAGCGCGGCGGCGGCGACGACGACGCCGUACGUGACCGCGUCGUUCCUCUCGCGCGCGACCUUCAGCUGGAUGAACCCGCUCGUCUCCAAGUGGCACGCCAACGAGUCCCUCGCCGACACCGACGUCCCGCCGGAACUGGCCGGCGGCAGCGCGGGGCUGUUCCUGCUCAUCGCGGCGCCGGGGCUCGUGCAGCUCGCGGCCAUGUACGUCGGCCCGUCGCCCAUCGACCGUUUCGUCGAGUUCAUCCACCGCGGCGGCACGCCAUUGGAGGGCCUCCGACUUGUGGCCAUCCUGAUCGCCGGCAAGGCGUCGCUGCGGCUGUCCACCGGCGCGGCGCGCGCGCACGGCGCGGGCGCCAUCAUGAACUACAUGCAGGUGGACGCCUCGAUGGUGUCCGGCGCCAUGCACGGGCUGCACGGCCUGUGGCUGGUGCCGCUGCAGAUCGCGGUGGCCCUGUUCCUCCUGUACGCGUACCUCGGCCCUGCCGUGCUCAUGACGCUCGCCGUGAUCGCGGCCGUCGUCGUGGUCACCGCGUUCGCCAACAAGCUCAACCUGGGCUACCAGUUCAGGUUCUUCGGCGCCCGCGACAGCCGCGUGAAGGCCCUGACGGAGAUGCUCGGCCACAUGCGCGUGAUCAAUCUGCAGGCGUGGGAGGAGACCUUCGGCGACAAGGUGCGAGAGCUCUGGCGGGCCGAGGUGAGGUGGCUGAAGAAGGUGAUACUCUUCGUAUGCGGCACCAACGUGGUGUACUCCAGCGGUCCCAUCGCCAUGACAGUGCUUGUGUUCGGGACGUACCUCACCGCCGGAGGGGAGCUCGACGCUGGCAAGGUGUUCACGGCCACCGCCUUCUUCCGCAUGCUCGAGGGACCCAUGAGCAACUUCCCGCAGACGAUCGUGAUGUCCAUGCAGGCGUUUGUGUCGCUCGGCAGGCUGGACAAGUUCUUGGCGGACGCCGAGAUCGACACCACGGCGGUGGAGCGUCCUGGCAGUGGCGCCGCCGGGGAUGAGGUGGCCGUGAAGGUGCAAUGCGGGGUGUUCGCAUGGGACGUCCAGGGCGGCGAUGGCGAGGAGAAGGAUGGCGGAGGGGAGGAGCCGGUGCUGAAAGGGAUCGAGGUGGAGGUGAGGAAGGGGGGAGCUCGCGGCGGUGGUCGGAGCGGUUGGCUCCGGCAAGUCGUCGCUGCUGUCAUGCAUCAUGGGAGAAAUGCAUAA